AUGGACUUGAAUCAAUCUAUGGAGUUCACUCCUUCUGCAACCUCUUCUCCUCAGAUUCAUAACUUCAUGCCAAUGACUUCUUUCAUGUUGCCUUUUCACCAGCCUUCCAAGGAGGACGGUGAAGAAGUGAAGCACUCACUUCUUCUGCUUCAGAAGCGCAAUUUAGAGUUGUUCUGGUACCAACAAAUGAUGGAGAUUCAUAACAUAUCAGUUUUCAAGAGCCACCAUCAGCUACCUCUAGCAAGGAUCAAGAGGAUUAUGAAAUCUGAUAAAGAUGUGAAGAUGAUCAGUGCAGACACUCUUGUCUUUUUCUCCAAGGCGUGUGAGCUCUUCAUUAUGGAUCUAACCCUUCGUGCGUGGCUGCAAACUGAGGAAGGUAAACGUCGAACCCUGCAGCGAUGUGACAUUGCCAGGGCUAUAAGGCAAGAGGAGGCACUCGAUUUCUUGGUUGAUAUCGUCCCAUUGAUUAACCAUAAGGUCUUCUUUCUUUCUCUUUAACAAAACUAAUUGAUUCAGUACAUAGUACAGCACAUCCAAUGCUACAAAACUAGAGAUGCAAUUAGCCAAACUUGCAUGAUUUUUGAUGCUCCAUAUCAAAU